CUAAAACACCCCGCUUUUGACGUCACAUGUGACCCAGAGAAUUCUCGUAACGUCAAUUGAACCAAAGAAAGUCUGUGUACAGUACAUGUUCUUUGCUUGAACAAAGCAAGCAAGGAAUUUUUAUCUUUUAUAUGUGUCUGUCUGAUAUAUGAAGUAAUAAAUGAACUGUAUGUGUUGCUAAUUAAACUAAUAUUUUGUUUCUCUCUAGUCAGAUACUUAGGAUUAUGGAAUAUGGACUUCGCAAGGCCUUGUAAUGUGCAAAUUUUUUAACACGUAUAAGCAACUCUUAAACACUAACAAAUGUAGACGAAUCAAAACUUCAUGCGGUAAGAAUAAGUAUGCAGUAUGAGGCAUAUAUGAUGCAUUGCCUAAAAUAACACUAAUUACGUAAAUAUUCUUGAGCGAGAAAUAGUAAUUCUUUGUAAUGUAACAAAUUGAUUUUACAAGAGUGUUCCUGGAAAUCAAGCCAGUAAGGAAGUACGUUCGAGAAGUCUCAUGCAUAAUAUGUGUUAAUGUUUUGAGCAAGAUAAUUACAUGUGUAUUUAUGCAAGCCAUGGAAAUUUAGUCUAGAAGUAGUUUGGGGUGAAAUUCACUUAACCACCCUAUUAUACAUCCAUGCACACAUGUAAACAUCAUCUUGGUGUAUGUAACAAGCUCAUAGAUCUUAGUAUAGAGAAGAACUUUCAGGUCUACAUGUAUGCAAUCCAUCUUUUGGAAGAAGCAGUGGGUAAUAAUUGCUUGUAGAUAUCCAUAGAAAGGAGAAACUUCAUGUGUAUGAUGAUUGUGAUCUUUCAAAAUCAUUUAACUCAAAAGCUCAUUUAAAGAUGCAUGUGCUUCUUCACAUGGGAGAGAAACCUUACAUGUGUAAAGUAUGCAAGAAAUCAUUUAAUCAAAAAGCUCAUUUAAACAUGCAUAUGCAUAUUCACACAGGAGAGAAACCUCAUAUGUGUGAAGUAUGUAAGAAAUCAUUUAAUCACAAAGGUCAUUUAAACAUUCAUAUGCAUGUUCACACAGGAGCGAAACCUUAUAUGUGUGAAUCAUGUAAGAAGACGUUUAGUGAAAAGGGUGGUUUAAACAAGCACGUGCUUAUUCACACAGGAGUGAAACAUCAUACGUGUGAAGUAUGUAAAAAAUCAUUUCAUCAAAAACCUCAUUUAAACAGCCAUAAGCGCAUUCACAUUGGAGAGAGGCCUUAUAUAUGUGAAGUAUGCAAGAAGGCAUUCACUGAAAAGAGUAAUUUAAAUAAGCAUAUGCGUAUUCACACAGGAGAGAAACCACAUAUGUGUGAAAAAUGUAAGAAGACAUUUAGUGAAAAGGGUACUUUAAACCAGCAUAUGCUUAUUCACACAGGACAGAAACCUCACAUGUGUGAAGUAUGCAAGAAAUCUUUUAAUCGAAAAGCUGAUUUAAAUACACAUAUGCUUAUUCACACAGGAGAGAAACCUUAUAUUUGUGAAGUAUGUAAGAAAUCAUUUAGUCGAAAAGCUGAUUUAAAUAAACAUAUGCUUAUUCGCACAGGAGAGAAACUUCACAUAUGUAAAGAAUGUAAGAAAUCAUUCAUUCGAAAAGCUGAUUUAAAUAGGCAUAUGUUUAUACACCUAGGAGAGAAACCUUACAUGUGUGAAGUAUGUAAGAAAUCAUUUAAUCAAAAAUCUCAUUUAAACCAGCAUUUGCUUAUUCAUACAGGAGAGCAACCUCAUAUGUGUGAAGUAUGUAAGAAGACGUUUAAUGUAAAGGGUAGUUUAAACAAACAUAUGCGUAUUCACACAGGAGAGAAACCUUUUAUAUGUGAAGUAUGUAAGAAGACGUUUAGUGAAAAGGGUAGUUUAAACAAACAUAUGCUUGUUCACACAGGAGAAAAACCUUAUAUGUGUGAAGUAUGCAGGAAAUUUUUUAAUCAAAAAACUGAUUUAAAUAAACAUAUGCUUAUUCAUACAGGAGAGAAACCUUAUGUAUGUGCAAUAUGUAAGAAAUCAUUUAAUCGUAAGGGUCAUUUAAAUAUACAUAUGCUUAUUCACACGGGAGAGAAACCUCAUAUGUGUGAAACAUGUAAGAAGGCAUUUAAUCAGAAAUCUCAUUUAAACAGCCAUAUGCGCAUUCACACAGAGGUACCUUAUAUGUGUGAAGUAUGUAAAAAACCAUUUAAUCGAAAAACUGAUUUAAAUAUACAUAUGCUUAUUCACACAGGAGAAAAAUCUCAUAUGUGCGAAGUAUGUAAAAAGGCAUUUAGUGUAAAGGGUGCUUUAAAUAAGCAUAUGCUUACUCACACAGGAGAGAAACCUCAUAUGUGUGAAGUAUGUAAAAAUACGUUUAGUGAAAAGGGUAAUUUAAACAAGCAUAUGCUUAUUCACACAGGAGAGAAACCACAUAUGUGUGAAGUAUGUAAAAAAUCAUUUAAUCAGAAAGCUCAUUUAAACAUGCAUAUGCAUAUUCACACAGGAGAGAAACUUUAUAUGUGUGAAGUGUGUAAGAAGACAUUCAGUGAAAAGGGUGGUUUAAGCAAACAUAUGCGUAUUCACACCGGGGUGAAACCUCAUAUGUGUAAAGUAUGUACGAAAGCAUUUAUUCAGAAAGUUCAUUUGAACAUGCAUAUGCAUAUUCAUGCAGGAGAGAAACCUUAUAUAUGUGACAUACAAAUGCAUACCCAUAGAGAAGAGAAACUUCAUGUAUGUGAAGUAUGUAAGAGGUCGUUUAGUCAAAAGACACGUUUAAACAUGCAUAUACUUAUUCAUACAGGAGAGAAACCUCAUGUCUGCGAGGUAUGUAAUCAAUCAUUCAGACAAAAGUGUAAUUUAAGCAAGCAUAUGCUGAUACAUACAGAAGCAAAACCUUAUGUAUGCGAGGUAUGUAACAAGUCAUUUAGACAUAAGGAUAAUUUAAAUAAGCAUAUGCAAAUUCAUACGGGAGAAAGACUUCUGAUGUGUGAAGUAUGUAACAAGUCGUUUAGACUUAGGGAUAAUUUAAACAGCCAUAUGCGUCUUCACACUGGUGAAAAACCUUAUGUGUGUCAAGUAUGUAAGAAGUCAUUUACUCAGAAAUGUAAUUUGAAUAAUCAUUUACGCAUUCACACAGGAGAAAAACCUCAUGUGUGUGAAGUAUGUAAGAAAUCAUUUACACAGAAGUGUAAUUUAAACAAUCAUUUGCGUAUUCACACAGGAGAGAAACCUCAUGUGUGUGUAGUAUGUAACAAGUCAUUUUAUCUAAAGGGGCAUUUAAAUGAGCACAUGCUUAUUCACACAGGAGAAAAACAUCAUAUGUGUGGAGUGUGUUAUAAAUCAUUUAGACAAAAGAAUCAUUUAAGUAAGCAUGUUUGUAUACGCAGUUGAGACGGAGCUUGUGUGUGAGAUGUGUACGAAUGCAUUUAUGCUAAAAAGUGUUUUAAAUGACUAAAUUCAUAUCCAAGGAAGGUAGAAAUCUCAUGAUGUGAGGUAUAUAAUUUAUUAUUUGAACAUAAUGCUUAUUAAACCAGUUACGUGUUUUCACAAGGAAGUAUUUCAUUUAAACAAAGUAAAUCAUGAGUCAUUUUAAAAGAACAGUGACAUAAAGCAAUUUGAAGCAAGAUUUUUUUUCUUAUGUGAAAAAAACUGUUAAAGCAGAUAUUAAUUAAUAGGUAUGUGGAAAUCAAAUUUUGGAACAUGUCUCACUAGUGCCAUUUAGUACAAGUUCUUAAAAAAUUUUUAUUUAUCAAAUGCCUGGCCAUCGAUCAUCAGGUUAUUAGGCAAUGAGCUCUUCAAUGCUUCUUUACAAUACAGUUCAAACUCUUUUAAGUGCAGAGCAGUGUCAAUGACUUGGGCAGAAUCACACAAAGCACAUAAAAGGGAGGCAGUCAGAUUAAAAUAAAACAAGGAGCACCAAGGCUGUCAUGCCAGUCAGUCAGAGCAGUAGCACGAGGAGAGUUUGAAACACGGUCCGCUUUUAACAGCACCCUCCAUGAUUUAUUUUCAGUAGCACUAACAGCAGUAUUACGAAAUGAUUUUUUAUAAAUCCUAUUGAUUUCAAGUUUAGCAGCGUAAAGAGAUAUGUCUCUGAAAGACCUUUGUAGAAUAUCCAUUCCUUUUUUUUUCCAAAAGGUCUGCCAUCUCAUUUCCCAUAAUGUGAUUUCACUCACUGGAAAAAAAUCUUUAUCUGAAUUCUACUCAACAGCUUUGGACACAAGCACUUUGUUUUCCUAGGUUACUUGCUAAAGUCUGAAGAGCAGAACUUAAGUCCAAUAAAAUUACAAUCUUAUCAAGACAAGAGAGAUGGUCAGAAAGCUGUUCAAGGAUUAAAUAGAUGGCCUCGACUUCACUGUCAAAAUGGGUUGAAUGGGAGCCAGCAUGUAGAUAAAAGGAAAACAGAUCACAGAUGAUGUCAGUACCAUGGGUGAAAUCUAAAAGGGAUCCAUCAGUGUAAAUAUCACCAGGAGGAUAGCGAGUAUUAAUGGUUUCCAAAGUGAUGGCAUGAAGAGCAGUUGUGCAUAGGUCAUUUUUUGUCACAUUCAAUGUCAAGUCCAGUCUGACAUCGAGAGCCAUAAACUCCAGUGGAUUUAUAUGAGUUAACAAUUCAAGUGCUUUUAGUUAAUGACAUUACAUUGAGCAUUUUCCUGCAUGCAUUGAAUGAUGCCCUUCCGAGUCUUUAGAUUAUGUACUCUGUUACAAUUGUAUUCACGCCAAACAGAAAUAUCUUGAAAAAUAAUUAAUAGUUUAAUAACUUCAGGCUUUUCCCUCCUCCUGAUGUUCAAUACAUUAAGCAUAGAUAUUUUAGUGCUAAGUCAGUAAUUUUUUAAAUUCAUGUGUACAAAUUUAUUAUGAUAUAUACUUCAUACAGUUUUCAUAAUAUUCUGUUAAGUGUAAAAAAGAUAAUUUGACAUAAGAUUUAAUUCAUAAUGCAGCUACAUAAUAUUCACGAAUUAACGCAUUCACUGCUGAUCACACACUGGCACCAUACUGCUGAAGAGCCAGUCAUGCUCUGGUGUGCGAAAAGCAACAUCUCAUUGUUUAUAUUCAAUUUCAGUUGUCAUUACGUUUUCAGUAUGUAUACUGGUAUUGGUGGGGAGUGAAAGUUAGAAACUAGUUGUAAAUAUAUGUGGUUUGGAAUGAAAACAAAGUUUCACUUCAUGCAACGAUCAUACACAAAUAACAUUCUGAAAUAUAUUUUUUGGGUAAACGUGUAUUUUAGGGUUUCCCUUGGUGAAACUUGGCAAUUUUUGGCGAUACAUGGAUACCGAGUUUGUGCAAUUCUUGGACUUAGU